AUGGCUACCUGGGUUUUCUUGUUGUCGUCAAAUCCGUGCUGUGUUGGAAGACCAAGAUCAGAAGUCUGGAAAAGACCACAACAGCAGAAAUCAGGGCGUUCUCAACAGGUUGAUGAGAACGCAACGCGAGAAAUUGAAGAGGUUUUUGCGGGAAGACUAGUGCUCUCAGAGGUGUCUGGAUACGCCUGGAAACUGUAUGAUGGAACCAAGGCGGUGAGAGAUAAAGGGCGAAAGAUAAGGGCGAAACAAGCAGCAGAAGCUCAGAGCAAAACAGACACGCUUGAGAUGAAGCCGAAUGAUAGCUUCUUUUCACUUAGACCUAAGUCAAAGAGACAUGAGAUGGGAAUAGGAGUUGAAGAUCCAAGUCUGUCUAGGACACUAAUGCCGAAGUCCAAUGAUCGGACUCCUUUGAGUACAAAUGUAGUCUGA